CCGCCUCCGCCGUCGCCCAUCUUCGAGGCGUCGCAGCAGCCCGAGCCAGCAGCAAGAGCACGUCGCGCAAGCAGCAGUCGCUCAGCGUCACGGUCACUCGGUCGAUUGCACCUCCAGAGCUUGCUGCAAGUCGUCUGGAUCCAGGUCUAUCGUACUCGACGGGAAGGAAGUUCAAAGAGCGUUCAAGGACCUCUUCGGCUACAAGCACACCCUCAUCCGCAUCCUCCUCCUCCUCCUCCUCCACGUCUGCUCAGUAGACAGGGCUUAGCUGUCCUCCGCCUGCUCCUCCGCAUUCGCCACCUCCUCCUGUUCAUCCCGGAUCCACCCACCCCGGUCCUCCUCCUCCUCCGCCAAAAGUGCUUCGUCCGACCUCGUCGACCAGCACAAUCCCGGGUCCUCGAGAAGCCGCCGCUCCUCGACCACCCGUCCUCGUCCAGCGCAUGAUCGCCCACCCCGUGUACCCGUCCUUCGACGGUACCACCCACCAUCAGUGGCAGAUGGUGGCCCCGCCUCAGCAGCAGCAGCAGCAGCAGCUCUACUACGGCGCGGCGCACUACGACCCUCUCCACGCCCAGCACCAGGCGUCGCUCCACCAGCACGCCGCCCAGGCCCAGGCCCACGCCUACCCGGCCUACAACGUGCACGCCUACGCCCACGGCCAGCAGCAGGCGCAGCAGUUCUACCCGCCGAGCCAGCCGCACCAGCAGCUCGACCCGUACUACGCCCAGCAGCCCGCCGCGUUCGCCGUCGCGCAGCACAUGCCCGUCGCCGCCGUCGAGCAGGCGCGCAGCCGGUUCGCCUUUGCGACGCCGACGCACGCCCCGGCCGCCGCCGCCGCCCACUUUACGCUGCCGCCGCCCGCCCAGUACGCCGCCGCCCACUACGGCGUCCAGCAGCAGCAGCAGCAGUCGGUCCAGCAGCACCACCAGGACGAGGCGAUCCGCGCCACCUGGGAGAGCCGUCGGGCCGAGUCGGCGUCGCGCGCCACGCUCGACAACGAGUACGACCACCCGUCGCACAGCCGUCCGCCCCACCGCGCCGACGCCAUGCACGACGAGCCCGUCACCGCCUUCCAGC